AUGUUCGGUGGUGGCUCCAACCCUACGGCUUCCCGCGAGUCUAAGGACGCCGACGCCAAGCCUUCCCCCUCGCCGCCCGACGCCGCUGGCUCUUCCUCCUCCAAGGCAUCCGACCAAGUCUCUAGCGGUGACAAGAGAAGCGGCAAUGGAAGCCCUCCGGGACGUCAGGACACCGGCAGCUCCGCGGACAAGAAAAAACGGCGGGCCAGCGGCGUCCAGAGCCGAGCCAGCAGCCUGAUCGCUUCAGCGAAAAACACGUUGAAUUUUGGACAGGUCGGUCGCACCAACUCGGACAGCUCGCAAAGUCCCCUCCAGAAGCUCGGCAAGCAAGACCCGGCACUCGCCGUGCCUCAGGGUCAACACAAUAACUCGGCCGGCGAGUCCCUCCCCGGGCCUCGCUCCACCUUCCGUGUCGGUGUUUGGGAAGAUAGAAACAAGAAAUGCCGCCGGACGAUGGAGGAUACCCAUGCUUUUCUGUACAACUUUCUUCACACUCCUGCACCUGCCGUCGAGGGCAACAAAUCCGAAACGCGUGCCGACUGCGACGACAAGGACCCCUCGACCACAACUACCGGCGCGACGUCCUCACCCCCCGCCUCGGAUUUAAAUAUGGUGGAGACGGACAAUGGCUACUUUGCAAUCUUCGACGGUCAUGCUGGUACCUUCGCGGCCGACUGGUGCGGCAAGAAGCUGCACCUCAUUCUCGAGGAUCUUAUUCGGAGGAAUCCCAACAUGCCUAUUCCCGAGCUCCUCGAUCAAACCUUCACAACCGUCGAUGCCCAGUUAGAGAAGCUGCCGCUUAAGAACAGUGGCUGUACGGCUGCUAUUGCCGUCCUGCGCUGGGAGGACCGCGUUGCCAGCGACAAGUCUGCCACGGGUUCCCAGGCCAUCGCCCCGGCCGUUGCCGCCGCGGCGAAGACCCAGGCUGCUACCGGAGAGGGUGCUGCUGGUGGGGAGCUUGGAGCGGCCGCAGGCAGCGAGGCUGCACAUACGAAACUCAAGAGCUCGGCUUUCCGGCAGCGUGUCCUCUACACGGCCAAUGUGGGCGACGCUCGCAUCAUACUUUGCCGGUCGGGCAAGGCGCUGCGGCUGUCAUAUGAUCACAAGGGAAGCGACGAAAACGAAGGCAGGCGCAUUGCCAACGCGGGAGGCCUGAUCCUCAACAACCGAGUCAAUGGUGUCCUGGCGGUGACGAGGGCUCUGGGCGACGCUUAUAUCAAGGGCCUCGUCACGGGUCAUCCUUACACGACUGAGACUGUGAUUCACCCGGAGACGGAUGAAUUCAUCAUUAUAGCCUGUGAUGGCCUGUGGGAUGUCUGUUCUGACCAGGAGGCGGUUGACCUUGUCCGCGAUGUUGAAGACGCGACAGAUGCGGCGAAACUCCUGGUCGACCAUGCGCUCAACAGAUUCAGCACGGAUAACCUGUCUUGCAUGACUGUGCGGUUCGACAAGGCCGCGCUGCUCGAGACGCAAAAGGACAAGGAGAAUGCGCUCGGAGUGGAGAAACCGGCGCAGAGCGGUCAGGUCAGCGAGGCGGACAAGAUCGUGCGCGAAGCGCAACUCAAUCUCGCCCAGAGCGAAUCGCCGGCUGCCGGUAGCGAUCCGGGCGACGACACGCAACCUGCGAAAGCGGACGGUAUGCUGGAGGAGGAACCGAAUAGCGUCGGCGGCAAUACGACGACCGAGUGCCCGGAAGUAUCUAUGAAUGCGGACGUGGCGCCGUCCAAGGAGGCCGAGACGGCCAACGAACCGCCCAAGGAGGCAGCCACGAAGACCAACAGUUCUUAA